AUGACAACAGUUCUGAGCAGAAAUGAGGGUGGCAAGAGCGAGUACGGGUCGACAUCCUCCCUCAGCGGCAGCGCACCCCUCGGCGUUCCCCGUAAAUACAAACGCUUCUUUUGGCAGAAGAAGGCGCCCCACGACCCCGAUGCCAUAGCCACCCAAUUGAGCGUCUUUGACGACCCGGAGACUGCCGAAAAAUAUCAUCCCAGACAGGACUGGGAAAACUACCACCGGUUCGAUACGCAGUUUAGAUGGACCUGGAGGGAGGAGGACGGCGUCAUCCGCAAGAUGGACAUACGCAUCAUGUUCUGGGCCUGCAUCAUGUUCAUGGCCCUCGAGCUCGACCGCGCGAACCUCGUCCAGGCGCUGACGGACAAUUUCCUGCCGGACCUGCACAUGACUACGGAUGACUAUAACCUCGGAAACUCCGUCUUCCGCCUCAGCUUCCUCUGCGCCGAGCUCCCCUCGCAGCUCGUCUCAAAGUGGAUGGGCCCGGACCGCUGGAUCCCGACGCAAAUGACCCUCUGGAGCAUCGUGGCCGCGUCCCAGUUCUGGCUGAGCGGGAGGUCGUCUUUCCUGGCCUGCCGCGCGCUUCUAGGCAUUCUGCAGGGAGGCUUUAUACCCGAUGUCAUUUUAUAUCUGUCAUACUUUUACAAACACCACGAGCUCUCCAUCCGCCUGGGCUUCUUCUGGACGGCAAUGAGCAUAGCCGACAUUGUUUCAUCGCUGCUUGCUGCUGGCCUGCUGAAGAUGAGAGGUGUUGCUGGCUUGUCUGGCUGGAGGUGGCUGUUUAUGAUCGAGGGUCUAAUGACGCUCACGAUUGGUCUCUUCUCGUUCGGCCUCAUGCCCGCGGGUCCUUGCCAGACCGCAAACUGGUUCAGGGGUAAGAAGGGCUGGUUCAACGAAAGAGAAGAAAAGAUCAUGGUCAACCGGGUCCUGCGCGAGGAUCCCAACAAGAGCUCGAUGCACAACCGUGAGCCCAUCACGCCCAAGCUGCUGUGGCAGAGUAUGAAGGACUACGACCUGUGGCCCAUUUACAUACUCGGCCUCUGCUUCCAACUGCCCAUGAUUCCGCCGCAGUAUUAUAUCACGCUCUCUCUGAAGAGUCUGGGCUUUGACACAUUCCAAACGAACCUGCUCACCAUCCCAUACUAUGUCGGACACAUCAUUACGAUGCUGGGAGUAACCUACAUUGCCGAGAUCUGGGGCAACCUCACUUUUAGCGCCAUGAUCGGCCAGAUAUGGGCGCUUCCUCUGCUUCUUUACAUGGCGGUGACGGACCUCGGCGCCGUCAACAAGUGGGUGGUCUGGACAGUGACGACGCUGCUCCUGAGCUAUCCGAACGCCCACCCCAUCCAAGUCGGCUGGAACUCGCGCAACUCCAACUCGGUCCGGCUGCGCACCGUCUCGGCGGCCUGCUACAACAUGUUUGUGCAGGCGGGCGGGGUGGUGGGCGCCAACGUCUACCGCGCCGACGACGCGCCCAACUACCCGCGCGGCAACCGCGCGCUGCUGGGCAUGGUCUGCAUGAACCUGGCCCUGUACCUGCUCGUCAAGACGUACUACGUGCUGCGCAACCGGCGCCGGGCCCAGAGGUGGGACGCCAUGACGCCCGAGCAGAGGCUCGACUAUCUGGCCACGACCACCGACGAGGGGAACAAGAGGUUGGAUUUUCGGUUCCAGCACUAA